AUGGCUUCAAAAUCUCUUCACUAUCAAGGCAAUCACACAUUCUCUAAAACAGAAAAGAAGGAUGAUGCAGAACUUAUACAAGUAAAUUGGUUGGAGGUAACUGGUUGCAUUGACAAUGUUAAUAUAGAGAAGAAAACGUCAUAUGAUAUUGAGUUUACAAUGUCAUUGAUGACUGAUGCAUUUGGUUGGAGCAAUUCACCAGUUUAUCUUAUGGCUAAAUGGGGAGAUAAUACUCAAUGGAGAAAGGUGAAUUUGACUAGUGAUCAGAUUAAUGUUACAAAGAUGAUAUCAAAAAAUAUUACGAUAGCAAAAGGGAAGGGGAACAAUGUUGAUAAGAUUUAUUUUGGAUUGUAUGAAGUCUGGAACAAAAAGUGGAAAGGAGGUCUCAAAAUUCAUUAUGUAAACUUGAUCGAGAUCUAG